GUGAAGCAUUCGCGUCCGUGCGUGAUUGCAUAUGGCCGCGUGAGAGGUGAGGUUAAUCCCCGAGGAAAACAAUUCGUGUGAGCGACGACGUGAACGGCGAGAAAUCGUACAAUAGAACGAUGCGUGCGUCGCGCUCGGAGAGUCCCAGGUGUCGCGGACAACCCCUCGUCGUCUAACGCGCGGAAGUAUGCCCGCCCGAGGAAGCUGAGGCUGAGAAACCGAUUUCGAGCGCGCGCACUGCAGAGAAUGCACCCAUCGGCCGGACGAUCCUGAUCACCGAGCGCGGUGAAUGAUGUACCUGCCGGACUGCGGGUAACGAAUGCUCCGCAUAGCGGACACCCCGUCGUCGUAGGGCCUGUAAACGUCGGCAGCUCCGUGAACAUGGCGCAAAUAGCAGGCUCGACGAUGGACGGGCUGCCGAAGCACUUCGUCAACGCGAUGCGCACCCUGUUCGACAUAAUGGACGACCAGAGCACCGGCUACGUCAAGUUCGCCGACAUCGAGGGUCGCUGGCAGGACGACGGCACGCAGGGCCUGCCGAAGGGUGUGCUGGACAGCCUGAAGAAGGUCACCCCGCCGAACGGUAUGCUCUCGUUCGAGAGAUUCUGCGCGGGUCUGAAGAUCUGUCUGCUGCAGAUCCAGGCGGAGGCCGACUCCAAGAAGCACGACGGCCAGCCUAACAGGCCGCCAUCCGCGCCGAUACUCAUCCCGGACGGUCAGGGCAAAGCGGCGUGGACCUCGCCGAAUACGGCCGCCAUAAGGCCGAACAAUGCCAUAUCUCAGCAACGCACUCUCAGCAUGCCGCAGUUGCUGGCCAACCGCAAGGACGCGAACGCACAGCAGCAGCUCGAGCUGAUGGACGGGAGGAACAUCGGCGAGCCAAAGAUCAACAAGGCGUACGGGCCGCCGAAGCCGCCGCGGACCGGCGCCACCUUGGAGGGUAGAACGCUCGGUGCGGAGCGGAACUUCGACAAGUCCGAGAUCAGGACGGCCCUGCAAAACUGGCAGAUGGGCCUGAUGAUGAGCGACGAGAAGGCGAUGGAGAAACGUCAGCUGCAGGCUGUUAACUACAGACCGGACGGCAGGACCCUGCUGAGACCGGCCAGAGCUCUGGGUGACGGUAAAGCGGUCGAUAUGCAGAGCAAUCAGCUCCAGCCCAAGAAACCGUCGAAUCGUCGCAGAGAACCCAGGCGGCAUACGUUGCAGAACGGUAUUGAUUACAAUAUGAUGAAAAGGAUGAAGCAGAUCGAGCAGGAGAAAGAUGUGCUGCUUCAAGGUCUAGCUGCCGUCGAUAAGGCUAGGGAAUGGUACUUGAAGCAGAUCUCCGCUACGCAAGAGAAGAUCAAACAUCUCGGACGAAUGGGCUCCCACGUGGAGCAAUGGACAGAAGCGCAGCAGGAGCGCUUGGAAUUACAACGCGCGCGAGUCCUGGAAGUAAACCGACAUCUGGCCGCCCUGAUAAGCAGCUGGGAACGCGGGGGACUUCCUCUUCACAUGAAUCUCGCUUUCCUGAGCACCCCGACCUCGGCUCAGCUGCAACAGGAUAUGCUGUCGAGGCUUAAGCAACAGAAUCAUAGAUUAACCGAGGAAGUUAGCAAAAAGAGCCAACGAAUAGCGCUGCUUGAGCAGGAGAAGGACAGUCUGGUUAGAGAAUUGUACAAUAGACAGCCCGGAUUGUCUCUGGUUCAGUCCCGACGAGCGACGAUGAUCCACGAACAACACGAUCAAACAUUCAUGUAAGAAUAUGAGUUACUCCAGACGGUUGUUACGUACACGAACGACAAUUAGAGAGUUAAGCCUUUUAAAUAGCGCGCGAAAGUAAAAAGAAAACGAGAGAAAGAGAGGAGUAAGAAAUUAAACACCAAGUAUUUGAUAUAUUUACGUUAAGAUAACGUCAAUGCUUCCUUAUCGAUUCGAUGUCUCACGUUCUAAGGCUGUAAAGUAUUUACUAAUAGUACGCAAUUACUAUUAUAGAUAAUCUAGUUGUAGUAGAUGAAGGAAAAUGCCUUAAGAUUCAUGUAAUCCGUCCGAAAGAACGAACUCGCCUUAAUAAAUUAUUAUUUUAAUUAAUGUA